GAAAGGUCGCUCGAAGUACCUCCGGAACCCCACGGUGCUGUCAUCAGAGAUCGAAGAGGUACCUGGAGGAGGAGAACGGUGUUGGUAAGGACUGUUUGAUCUGCGCCUCUUCGCACGAACCUGUUCGGAUCGACGGGCCUCCCUCCUCCUCUGUGAGGAGCCGAGGCCUGACGUCCGAGGUGCAGCCGGAGCCCCAGCCGGAGCCCCAGCCGGCGCGUCGUCCUCCUCCCACGGGAAAGGUCGCUCGAAGUACCUCCGGAACCCCACGGUGCUGUCAUCAGAGGUCGAAGAGGAGCCCCAGCCGGCGCAUCGUCCUCCUCCCAUGCGAAAGGUCGCUCGAAGUACCUCCGGAACCCCACGGUGCUGUCAGCAGAGAUCGAAGAGGUACCUGGAGGAGGAGAACGGUGUUGGUAAGGCCUGUUUAAUCUGCGCCUCGUCGCACGAACCUGUUUGGAUCGACGGGCCUCCCUCCUC